UUAAUUAAUUUUCAAGAGCUGCGUUUGGUAAGCGGAAGGGAUAACUGUCAAGGCCGUGUUGAAGUUCGGCGUAAUUAUGGAGAAUGGGGAACAGUUUGUGAUGAUUCAUGGGAUCUAAGGGAUGCAACUGUAGUAUGCAGACAGCUUGGAUGCGGAGAAGCUAUUGCAGCUAAUUAUGGAGCACAUUUUGGACAAGGAUAUGGUCCUAUUCUCCUGGAUGAUGUUCAGUGCAAUGGAUAUGAAUCCUAUCUUUGGCAAUGCGCAAGUGCAGGCUGGGGAAAUCAUAACUGCAACCACCAAGAGGAUGCUGGUGUUAUUUGUUCAGCCAGUGUUUCUACAACAACAGGUAAUGCUGAGACACUAGAAGUGUAUUUCAAUGUUCUUUUUGAUUAUUUGAAGAUCCACAGUUGA